UUCUCUCUCUCUCUCUCUCUCUCUACAGCUUGGAUGAGCAUGGAGUCCAUCUCUCUCCAGCGAUUCUAGGGUUUCCAAGGCUGGCCUGAUGCUACAGCUCUCGGAAAUGAGGCUGAUUUCCACUUCGGAAUCGUGAAAAUUUCGCGGUGUAGGGUUUUGGUGAACAGCUCCUCCUCCGCCGGCGAAUUUGAAUUCGGAAAAUGCCGUCGAACAACAAAUCGAAAUCGGAGAAGCCCGAAGCUGCGAAACAGCUCCGGCGAGACCCCUAUGAGGUCCUCGGCGUCUCCAGGAACUCCACCGACCAGGAAAUCAAAACCGCUUACCGGAAAAUGGCCCUCAAGUACCAUCCUGACAAGAAUGCAAAUGACCCUAAAGCAGCUGAUAUUUUUAAGGAGGUCACAUUUUCUUAUAAUAUCUUGUCUGAUCCAGACAAACGGCGGCAGUUUGACACAUCUGGCUUUGAGGCUGUUGAAUCAGAAAGCCAAGAAUUGGAGUUGGAUCUUUCAAGCUUGGGUGCUGUAAACACCAUGUUUGCUGCUCUUUUUAGUAAACUCGGGGUGCCAAUCAAGACUACUGUGUCAGCUACUGUCCUUGAGGAGGCACUAAAUGGCAUGGUCACUGUUCGUCCACUUUUAUUGGGGCAGCCUAUAACAAAAAAGGUUGAGAAGCAAUGUUGUCACUUCUAUUCAGUCGAAAUAUCUGAAAGCGAAGCACGAGCUGGAUUGGUUUGCCAAGUGCAUUCAUCUGACAGAAGCAAGUUCAAGUUGUUAUAUUUUGAUCGGGAAGACAAUGGUGGAUUGGGCCUUUGCCUACAGGAGGACAGUGCAAAAGCAGGAAAGGUUACAUCUGCUGGGAUGUAUUUUCUUGGUUUCCCUGUGUAUCGGUUGGAUCACACAUUGAACUCGAUGGCUGCUGCAAAGGAUCCAGAUUCAGCCUUCUUCAAGAAGCUGGAUGGGUUUCAGCCAUGCGAAUUAACCGAGCUGAAAGCUGGCACCCAUGUGUUUGCUGUUUAUGGUGACAACUUUUUUAAAAGUGCAACCUACACAAUAGAAGUUCUUUCUUGUGAACCCUUUCUAGAAGAGAAGGAAAGUUUAAGGGCUGUGGAAGCUCAAAUACUUACAAAACGUGUGGAGUUGUCAAAAUUUGAGACAGAGUACAGAGAGGUUCUGGCACAAUUCACAGAGAUGACCAGUAGAUAUACACAAGAAAUGCAAGAGAUUGAUGAGCUUCUCAAGCAGAGGAAUGAAAUACAUGCGUUGUAUACAACUGCUCCUCCAAUAAAGCGGAGUUCAAGCAGGAGUAGAAAUAGGGGUCAUUCUAAGGAGGAAAAAGAAGAUGCUCCAGUGAGAGAGAAGAAAUCUACAUUCAGAGAUCGAACUAAGAAGAAGAAAUGGUUCAACAUUCACUUAAAGGUUGACAAAAGAAAACCUUGCUGACACAUGAAGUACCCAAUUUUUGGUUGUGGUGGUCUGGCAUCCAUUGAAGCAAAGUACAAGUCUGAGCUUUUGGUACAACAGAGUGUUGAACAAUGAUUUGGCUUCAUUACUGUGGCAUGGCAAAGUUUACAACAGCUCAUUGUUAUUGUAAAUUUCUUUAUUUAUAUCGGUAUGCCCCUUGUCAUUCUUUUUUGAUCAAGUAUGCCCCAUUUAUAUUCACUUGUUCCUACUUUCUUUACCUCCCCGCCGUAUUUAUCUGUAUAUGUAAAUUAGAAAGAUCUAUCUGAAGAAACCAUGAAGAUUUUCUCUUAUUUACUCGGUUCUUGCUUCUUGGCAUGAAAAUUGCUUGCAAGACCUGGAGCUAUCUUGAAUAUACAUUUUGUUUCUCUAAUCCUUACAACAACAGUAAUU